CAAAGGGGCGGGCACAAAGGCGUGAGAGCGGCAGCAGGUUAGAACAUGGCGGACAGAGGAGGGGGCGGGCGGCUGACUGGUGUAAAACGGAACAAAUAGCGCUAUUCAGUCCGUUUUAAAUAACAUUUAUUUAGACAGUGACCGUUGUUCUGGAGGAUGGACCGUGUUUAGAUGUGGGCAAAGGUUUAAGCUGAAUGCAUUGUGAUUUCCAAUAAUUGAGACAGUGAUUUGUAAAAAGCUGUCUACAUUAAUGAAAAGAACAAUGUAGUCGGCUUAGCGUGCUCAAGAGACCGGGUGUUUACGACCUUCUGGGGUGUUUAGCUGUAUAUUUGGGCUUUGAUUAGAUUCCAGCACUUAACUAGUCGUAGUUCUUCUAAGUAGGGUCAGUUGUAUGUAUUAAUAUUUAUAUAUAUAUAUAUAUAUGAUCUAUUGUUAAUUGGAUGAUGGAUGUUGGUGAGUUUGUGCCUCCUCUCCCUCUGGAGCCUCCUGAUGAUGAAUUGUCAGGAAGCAGUAAAUGUAAAGCUCCUCCACCACCUCCCCUGCAAACGUCCAGUGACGCCGAGGAAAUGGACGUUAGCUCCGGCGGUGAUGGACCCUCGCUCGCGCCGGCCGAGGAUGCCGACGUUCUGCUCCUCGCCAAGGGCUCGGCGUCUUUUAGCGGUCGUGCGUUACACGGUGACUCGUGCCCAGGCACCGGGCGUCACGCUCCACCCGUCACCUCCUUUCUCCCCGACCUUAAGCUUCUCCGAGACGUUAAGAUCAGCGUCAGCUUCGGAGGAGACGGCGGCUGCAGCAGCAACAGCAGCAAGGGCAAAGACAGAAAAGUGUUAUACACAGGGCAGGGUCAGAUAGACGAGCAGCAGCUAGAGAACGGGAAGGCACAGGGUGGGGCAGCAGAGGGAACGGGGCAGGGAGACUCGAGCGUAGAACCCGAGGUUGAGCAGGAGAACAAGGUGGAGUUUGCGGUGCUGGACGAGCUGGAGGAUUACAGCGAGAACUUCCUUGAGGCUGAGGACGGAGAGGAGAGCGAGUACAUGUCCGAGAUGAUCGUCCAGCAGCAGCAGGCCAACGAUGAGGACCACAGUUACUCCUACGAGGACGACUUUGACAACGAUGUAGACGCGCUGUUAGAAGAAGGCAUGCCGGUGCCCAAGAAGAUGCGUCUGGCCGAGGAUAAAUACGCAGCCGACAGCGAUCACCAGUCCGACACGGAGCAGGGUGUCCAGCCUAUGAUUACUAAAAUUAAGACUGUUCUUAAGAGUCGAGGUCGUCCGCCUACAGAGCCUCUUCCUGACGGAUGGAUCAUGACAUUCCAUAACUCCGGCAUUCCAGUCUACCUCCACCGGGAGACCAGAGUCGUUACCUGGUCCAGACCUUACUUCCUCGGCACUGGGAGUAUCAGGAAACACGACCCUCCUACCAGUAGCAUCCCUUGUUUGCACUAUAAACGAAUGAAGGAACACGAAGAACGGGAGCAGAACGGAGAAGUGACGCCCAACGUGUCUCCGGUCAAGGACGGGGACGAGCGAGAACCCCAGGAGAGGACCGAAGAACCCGACUCCACGGCUCCGGAGGGAGCGUGUGACGAGUUGAACCCGGACACCUCGGACAACCGGCCCGAGGGGAAAGACAGCCACGGGGGAGAGACGGCACAGGGAGCGCUGGGGCAGGUCAAGGCCAAGGUGGAGGUGUGCAAAGACGAGUCCGUCGACAUCGAGGAGUUCCGCAGCUACCUAGAGAAGUGCUUCGACUUCGAGCAAGUGACCGUGAAGAAGUUUCGCACGUGGGCGGAGCGACGGCAAUUCAACAGGGACAUGAAGAGGAAGCAGGCGGAGUCCGAGAGGCCCAUCCUCCCGGCCAAUCAGAAGCUCAUCACGCUGUCGGUGCAGGACGCCCCCACUAAGAAAGAGUUUGUCAUCAACCCGAACGGGAAGUCAGAGGUUUGCAUCCUACACGAAUAUAUGCAACGUGUGCUGAAGGUCCGACCUGUUUACAACUUUUUUGAAUGUGAAAACCCAAGUGAACCCUUCGGAGCUUCAGUUAUAAUAGACGGCGUCACGUACGGCACCGGGACGGCGAGUAGCAAAAAACUCGCCAAGAAUAAAGCUGCUCGAGCCACACUGGAGAUCCUCAUCCCCGACUUUGUGAAGCAGACGGCCGAGGAGAAGCCGGUGGAAGGGGACGAACUUGAGUAUUUUAACCAUAUCAGUAUCGAAGACUCGCGAGUGUAUGAACUGACCAACAAAGCAGGCUUACUGUCACCUUACCAGAUCCUUCACGAGUGCCUUAAGAGAAACCACGGGAUGGGGGACACCAGCAUCAAGUUUGAGGUGAUUCCAGGGAAGAACCAGAAGAGUGAAUAUGUGAUGACGUGUGGGAAACACAGCGUACGUGGGUGGUGUAAGAACAAGAGAGUGGGGAAACAGCUGGCUUCUCAGAAGAUCCUCCAGAUGUUACACCCUCAUGUGAAGAACUGGGGGUCUCUGCUGCGCAUGUACGGCAGAGAGAACAACAAGAUGGUCAAAAAGGAAAAUUCAGACAAGAGUGUGAUUGAGCUGCAGCAGUUUGCCAAAAAGAACAAGCCCAACCUCCAUAUUCUGAACAAACUCCAAGAGGAAAUGAGGAAACUGGCUAAAGAGAGGGAGGAGACGCGAAAGAAGCCCAAAAUGACGGUGGUGGAGUCGGCGCAGCCCGGCAGCGAACCUCUGUGCACCGUCGACGUCUAACGUGACCUUCAGCGACCUGCCCCUCACGCUGACAGCACCGCAGGUCCCCUCAUCGUCGUCACACCUAAAAUAACUGAUAAAUUAUGCAGUUAGCGCUACAAGGCAAUACCGUCUCCGUUCGAUCAGACACCAGGGUUCGGUCCUCCGAUGCACUAGCGGGUGACGAGCUGGAACGCCAUCACGCGCGUCCUGAUGCAUUCUCUCUACGAAACCCGCCGUCACUCGCCACCAACGAAACAAAGCUCGUUCUUCUCACCCGGUGUCCGAAUGCUCGCGUUUGUGCAUUUUAAAUGUUGUGGCUUCCUUUUUUUUUAUUAUUAUUAUUAUUUUUUUUUUUUUAAAUAUAUUUAGACGAUCGAUUAAAUAAAGGUUUUCCUGCUGGA